AUGCUUAGGGGGGACGAAUUAAAGGGCGAGCUAACCAGUGGGGCGGACAAUGACGAACUGGUUACAGCGAAGCAACUCUUCGUGACGCAUUUGAAAGUGGACGAGAGGACCAAGCAGCUUUACAGGCACUUCAAUGUGGAGGAGUAUGUGCUCGAGGUUAUGCGAAGUAAGGGGGCGGAGAAGAAGGGCGAUGGGGAGGAAGGACAAAGUGGCAUAUUCGAAGAGGCCAACGGAGUGGAAGGCGCGAAUGGUAAAAAUGGUGGAGCAGAAAACCCGAACGAGGCAAAAAAGGCAAAUGACAGGAAAAACGCAAACGAAUCCGAUAACGCCAACGAAGCCGACAACGAGCACAGCGCGGGCGAUGACACAGACAGUGAGCUCCCCAAAAGAGACGAACAGGCGUACAGAGAAGAACUGCAGUUUUUAAAAUCUAAUCCACUCCACCUGAGCAGGUGGUACGAAUUUCUUGAGCUGUACCAAAGAGAAGAAGUAUACGAACUGUUUCUCCUGAUUUUCCCAAGGUGCACCUUAUAUUGGACUAAAUAUGCAGAACUGAAAGUGAAAAAAAAGGAUUACACAGAAGCGUAUAAAAUAUAUCGCAGAUGUAUCGAUGCGAAUAUCUAUGAUUUGAAAUUAGUUUUCUCCUUUUUGUACUUUACCUAUCACACUUCAUCCAUUCACGAGUACAUCAGUUUUCUCUUUGACGGACUGAAGUGUGUAGGGAUGGAUAUAAAGUCAGGCACCAUCUGGGUUGAGCUCCUAUACAUACUAAUAAAAAUAAAUAACACAAAUUUGAUUCUGAAUAAUGAGAUUCCAAAAUUACUGUUUGAUCCAUUUAAGAACAUAAGCAGUAGAAAGAGGAAUGAGGGGCCAUUGAUACCAUCAGAAAAGGAGCAAGCCAUAUUUAGCUCCUCCAUCCCAAAUAAAAGUGGGAAAACGGUGACCUACACAGAGCAUUACACAAGUGAUGGGAAGCUUCAAAAGUUCUACCAUUGCUGGUUUAAUAAUCCGACAAAAUAUUUAGAUAAAGUGUGGAAGAACUUUUGCUCCUACGAAAAAAUCAUGACAGAUAAUUUUACCGUCAGCUCGUUAGGAAGCUACAAUACGCAAUAUUUAAAUGCCAAGAAUGCCUAUGGAGAGUUAUAUGCCCUUUACCAGGAAUUAAAUCUCGACAGGAAAUUCAAAAUUGAUAAAAAAUUUAAGUUAAUCAUACCUAUUAGCAGGAAAUAUAAGGUAGAGAAUCGUAUUCUUCUUCGCAGGUGGGAAAAGAUUAUCAACUUUGAGAAAGAGAAUCCUCUGAAGUUGAGCCUCCCCCUUGUACGGAAAAGAAUUAUGUAUGUCUACGAACAGGCCUUGGUCCAUUUACAGUUUAAUGCUGAUUUGUGGUUUUCCUACUUCCAGUUUUUGCUACUAAGUAAGAAGUUUACUUAUGCCAUUAGGAUUAUGAGGGAGGCCAUCGAAGUUUACCUUCCCUUUGACGAAUUGUUGAAGUUAAAUUUCGCUUACUUCUUCGAAAGGCACGCGUUAAUAAAUCAGGCUCACUUCGUCUAUCAGCUUAUGCUUUGUGAAGUUUCCAAAAAGAGGAAUCAGUUUUCUCUGCCCUUUUUGCACUCCAAGCAGGGCUUUAGGAAGGGGUCUUUCGGCCUUGUGAAGAGCAGGGCAGGCAAGAGGAAGAGAAUGGGUGCAGCAAAGGGGGGGACGCGCAAAAAUGCUGAAUCCAGUGAGACGGAUGGCCGCAACAGAGGGAAUGACCCGCAUAAUAGCAGGACCGAUGAGGAAAGAAAGGGGAGUAAAAAAAAGGUAAAAUGGGAGGGCCCAUCUCGGGGUAAGGCAAUCCCCACCGAUGAUAUCUACAAACCGGGGAGCGACGAUGACAGUGGAAUGAACGAGCAGGAUAAUGAAGGUGCUAAUGAGGAAGAGGAUAUUAACGACCGCGGGAGAUACCGCGCGAGUGAACCGGGCAGUGGGACCCCCCAGGGGGAGGCGAGCCAAGCCCUCGGCGCAUGCGAAGACAACAUUAGGAGGAAAUUUCUGCACUGCGAUUACGAAAAGAUUGAGGAAAGGAAAAAAUAUUUCAUAAAUUACAUUAACGUAAACAAGAAAAAAAGGAGAGAUUUCGUCUUCACACACUUUUUAAACUUUGUUAAAAGGAAUUAUGAUGAAACGAUAUGGAGGUACUACACAGGGAUUGUGCUAAGCGAGAAAAGGUGUUCCCAACAUGUAUACUACUACUGUGCAAACAUGGAAAGAACAAUUUUCAAAAAUGAAAAGAGGGCCAUAUAUAUCAUGAAUGAGGGUUAUAAGAAGUAUGCAUCGAACAAACGAUUCCUCCUACUUUAUGUUAAGCUUCUACUAGAAAAGGGAAACAUUGAGGAGGUGAGAUCUUUGAUCUACAAAUUUAUUCACAAUUUUUAUGCAGAUUUUUAUAGCAAGUAUGACAGGCAACAUAACAGCAGUGGAAGAAAAGCCUCCAGAGCGAAAUCGGGACAGGGAGAAUUUAACCAUUUCGAUUCCAACUAUGUGAAAUUGUUGAGGAAAAAAAAUAAAGCGUGCGAUAAAAUGUGGACUUUACUGAUGCAACUGGAAACGCUCUACGGGGACAUAACCAAUUUGAACCGACUUUGGGAAACCAGAUUGAAAUAUGAGUCGGGAUACAAUUUGGAAGAAAAUAAAAACGUCCUCAUCGAUUUUGACAACGUGUCGAAUGUUAACGAACGUAUGUUUGUGGAAGAUUCUACGCUGACGGACAUCCUUUGCAAGGGGUAUCUGGAAAACUUAAAAAAAAAUGACAUUGAUAAUCUGCAGUUUAAGGUGAACUUAAUCAGUUCGCAGCAGUUCGGCGGGGCUCCUCUCAAAAAGACCUUCUCCUUUUUUCAAGUCAGUGGCGCAAAUGUUUUUACCGAGUUGUUAACUCGAAAUGAAUUUGUGGUUAAGGAGCAGGGAGGGGCGAGGAAGAAGAAAAAGGCACUGUGCCAGGAGGCGGAGCAAGAGCAGGAGGACGACGUUGCGACACCCCCCCAAUCGAAAGCAAAUAAGGACCUUGCAAGCGAAAGCGACGUGAGAAAAAGCCGCAUUGCAAACAGGAAUGGAAGUCAAAAUAAUCAAAAGGGGAAAGAAGGCGCAGAAGCUAUAAAUAACGACCAGCUCCGAAACGCACCUUUGAAGAAAGAAAAAAAACGUUCCACCAAAAGAGGCACAGUGAAAUCCACCUACGAUUCGUUUAACUUUUUGGACUCGCGAACAAGUGGAAAAAAAAAAAAAACUAGCAAUAACGUUGCGAGAAGCACCAAUAAUGUGGAAAGUAAGGCCGAAGAAAAAACAGACAUAAUAGCCGACACAAUGAGUUGUAUCAGUAGACCAAAUUUAAAGAAAAUGCUUCUGUACAAGCCGCUAGAAAAUUAUAAGCAUUUAGAAGUUGAUGGGGGGAAAUUACACGAUGAGAAAAACACAUCCUUGAGCCAAUAUCCCUAUUGUGUUAGCGACGUGAACGGAAAUGACGACAGGGAUUAUUUCUUCAAGCGAGAAUAUUUCAGUAUGCCAAAUAUAAUAAACGACUUUUUAAGUUUGUUGCCUGAAGAAAAUGCAGGCUUAAAUGUGUCAGAUAGUUCCAUCGAUUACUUAAUUACGUCUCUGAAAAAUUUGACCAUCCCCAAGUUGAAGACAUUUCCCUACGAGCCGAUACCCGUGAAGGAAAUCCUACAGAUAAAAAACGAGCUGAUUGGUUAA